AUGGGACACUCUGCCAUUCCGGCGGCGAUCUCGACAACGACCACGAAAACCUCGACGACGACGACGACGACCAUGUCGAAAACACAUGCCACCCCCAUGCCCGCCCGCCCGGAAAUCUCACCUCUGCGGGCAAAGGCGGAGCCUGUAGCGAUUCCUUCCGCCCGGACCCUGCAGAUCUCCCACUCCCGCCAGAAACACGCGAGCGAUUUCGUCGAGAUGGCUCCCCGUCGGAGUCGCACUGUCAACGGCGGUGGUCGGAACAGCAGCGAUCGCAGCAGCAUGAAAACCGGCCGCUCGACGCAUGAUCCCAACUCGCUGCCGCCCGCGGUGGCGGCGCUGUUGGCCAUGACCACGAUCCCACCGCGACGACCGCAGCAACGGCGCCGACGGCGCCCCGAACAGGAACCGCCCGUGUCGAUUGAGGAAUUGGUCAGCAGUUGGAAGAGUGACGACUCCCUGCGGUCUACGAGUUAUGGGAGUCCGAACCUCAGCAUGCUGCUCGAGGACGCCGAUGACGAUGACGAGAGCAUCGGGCAGUCGCGACGGCCGAGCGGCCUGGACGAGGAAGGGUAUUUCAAUGUACGCUCGUCUUCGAGCGAAUCGAUGCCAUCGCUCGAGGCCGAUGAUCGAUCAGUCCUCUCAUUCAAUAGCCUUGCGACUCCCGAUUCCCUGCGGAGCCGGAGAUCCAUUUCUACGCUGAGGAAGGACAAGCAGCGCUCGGUGCCCGCGGUGGAGGAAUGCCCAUUAAACCAUCCGCUCGCGCCUCCGUCGGACGACGACGAGGAGGGAGAGGAAGAAGAUGUGCUGCAAUUGUCCCUACGGAGCAAACCCUCCAAGACUCGCAAAGCAACAUCCUCGUCAUCCUUCAAAUCCAACCUCACCCUCUCCUUGCAGUCGUUGAAAAACGCCGCCUUGAGUUCAAUCUCGUCACUCCGCAGCAGCAGCAGCAACAAUAACAACAACAACUCCACCACCACCACCACCUCACCACCACCCAGCCGCAAUCCGUCCUCCACCGCCCACCUCGACGACAUGCUCUGGUCCCACCCCUUCCUCUUCCCACGCUUCUCCUCCGAAGUCCGCCCGGCCUCCCCCGAACACAGCCAAAAAUCCUCCUCCUCAAAGUCCACCAGCAAAUCCGCCAAACAGUCCUCCCCGGGCUAUCUCAACCCCAUGCCCCUCACCUUCGAAGAACAAGAAGCGCCCUUCCAAAAAGCCCUGCACGAGCCCUACCUCCUCGAGGGCGCCGCGGCCGAGGAGUCCUCCUCCGACGACAUGCCCCCCGCGACCAUCCAGAUGCGCACCUACACCUCCCGCCAGCAGUCCCGCCGCGCCGCCAAGUCAUCCCGCCGUCCAGCCGCCGCCUCGCCGGAUCCCAACUCCGAGGCCGGCCGCGCGCUCCUCGGCGCCCCGCCCGCCGACGCGCCCCGCACGAGGGAGGUCCGCGAGAACAGCGACUUCCUGCGCAUCGUCGUCAUGGAGAUGAACAUGCGCCGGCUGGGCAAACUGGAGAGCGCGGGCCGGGCGAAGAUCUGGCUCCCUCCGCGCGAGGCGGCGUCCUCGGUCGUCGCAUCGGGCGGCGGUUCUCCGGCGGUGCCCCGGCGCUGGGUCGGGGUUAGUGCGUAUUGA